AUGUCUUCUCCUGACGACAACUCGCAGGGUGCGGCUUAUCCAUGGGUUUUGGAGCACUUGUUGACCUAUCCUAACACCUACGAAAUCCCGCUACGAACCAUGUAUACUCUCAAUGCUACCACUCAACAUCAACAACAGUGUCCGCCAACUCCGUCGCCGACCGCGGUUCCUGGCAACGCGUUUCCUCGCAAGUCUUCUGCCAGCGCUGAGGAGCAGCAAAACAUGACCACAAUGACUGCGGCUGCUCAACUGCGUGCCAACCUCAUGCAACACAUACUGCAGUUGCCCUCCCAGCCAACGUCCUUGCCUCCAAGCUUCAUCACAAGCUUUGUUCGCAAAUGUUUUCCACGCGAACUAGAUCAGGUCGACUUUCCCCAAGCUUUGACUGCCAUGGAUUAUCUGAAGGACCUAGAAGUUCGGCGUCGACGGGAGGUGGUGGCAGCUUUGGAUAAGCUUGGUAUCGACCAAGAUGACCUCAGUCACCGAGAUAAACUGGCACGGAAAUAUCCCGGCGUUCUGCGCUGGGUCUCGGACAUCGAAGAGAGAGAACGCAAGAUCGAAGCGCUCUACACCCAGGUCUAUAUUGGGCUGAGAAGAUGGACCUUGAUCAACGAGCUUAACUUGACCCCUUUCGACAAGGGCAAUUGCCUGGCAAUGCUCAAUACCCUCUAUCCUCCAAUCAACAUGAAUGCCGGGCAUUUCGUGCAACCCACCGCACAAUUGACGCCUCAAAUUCUGACUCAGCAACGCAAUGGGUUCUUCAAGUAUAUCACGGCGGUGGAAAAGAAUGGGCCGGCGGUCUUGUCCAACUUGAUGAACCAGGCUAAGAAAGCCGAAGACCCCAACGGCUGGGUCAGUCUCCGAGAUACUCUUGACAAGUAUGUCCGCAUGGCGAACAACAUCAUCGAAGAAUGCUACGACAUCACCGGGCACAGCCCUUCUCCAAACUCUACCUCGUUCAAGUCUCUCGAGCACGAAGAGGAGGGCCGCCGGAAGGUUGACUCGGCCAUUUCUUUUGGCUCCGGAAGUUCGUCGAAUCGCAACUCUGCUCAAAGCAACAAGUCUGCACAUAGCCAAAAGAGCCACACGACCAGACCUAGCACCAGCAGCAGCUUCAGCAACGGCAGUCGUAGCCAUAGUCGUCACACCUCUCAAGAGAAACAACUCCCUGAAAAGCCACUGCCGCCGCCCAAGGACGAUGAGAUCACCGUGACACAGAAGCCGUCAGGGUCGACAUUGGAGCGAAUCGCUCGUGGGCUCCGAAAGAUUCAGAGUCGGACCAAUAUCAAAGACGACUUCCGUCCACGCACCCCGUCACAUUCUUCGGAAAUGACUUUGCCCGACAACUAUGAUCGACCACCACCAACACCUGCGAAAGACCGCAGCUUGAAGAACAAGCUUAGCAUACGGAGAAUGCGAUCGAACACUGCUCUUUCAGACGUUACCAGUCUGCGCUCACCCAGUCGCCAUGGAGAACCGGCCAUUCAGGAGGUCCCGGCGUUUGACGCAGACGAGAUGAACAGGAGCCGACAGAGAUGGGAGACUCAGCAAAAGCUGAAAGGGGGGAGUGAUGGUCUGAAGGCAUAA